AUGUCUUGGCUUUGGCUGCCACAAGAUCUCUACUGUGAGCUCCUCCAGUCUGAUGGCCACUUUCUUGGGAAAGUUACGAGGAUGACGGUGCCAGCAAAGCGGAUCUCAUCAUUCAGCACAUGUCACCCAGCGUUGAUAUUGAAGGACACCGGCAUCGACAAGAGGUCAGAGGUCCUCCUCCACCGUGACACUCCUUUGGCGAAUCCCCUCUUCGAGAUGGACGACAUCGACUCCACAGUCAUCGAGACGUCGAGCAGCCCGAAACACGAGAUCCGCCCCGAGCAGAUCAUCAGCCUCAUUAUCGCACCUAUAUCGUCUUGCCUCCUGGCAUACCUACUUCUUGUGUUAUUCACCUACCUCUUCUCGUGCCUUUUCGUCUUCGGAUCAUGGGUCUUCCAGCUUUUAUUUCUGGCUGAGCUUCGCAUGGAUUUCAUACCAUGUUCAGCUGCGGGCAUACUGUGUCUGACUGCCUACGUCGUAAUUAAACAUGUUAUCCGAGGCACUACCAAGUCUCGUCUCAAGUCCAAAUUGUAUGUAUUCAAUGCGUUUGUCAUGCUGGCAACGUUCAACUUUGUCUCUCGAGGGUCUCGGUACGACAAGGAAAAUGAUGUCUGCAGUAUCGGACUGGAACGCACCAUCCUGUUGCCCGUCAUUUUCUUUGACGCUGUUGUCAACGUGUAUCUGACGUCUCUGUUCUUGUUUCCACUAAUGAUUCUCUUCACCGCAUUUGUCAUUCAUUGGAUCAACUCUAGCGGCAAAGCUACUCCAAUAUCCAAUGUCGAAGUUGCUCCUACCCCAGCCCCGCCGCCACCAUCAAUAGAGCUGGGCGAAAAAGAAGUUGUGACCUUCACUGAAAUAUUUGAUCAACGACGAAAGUCGUACGACGACCACGAGCCAUAG